GCAGCUGAGCCACCUUGCUAGCCAGCGCAUGCCCCCGAAGAAGCACCUCGACGCACCCGUCUCGAGCGCGUCCUUCCUCGACCUCAAGGCCCAGCUCAGCAAGCACGAGGACGACCUCAGCAAGUCUCGCGAGCGCGGCCAGCCCUCGACCAUCACCGGCGGCGUCUCGCGCGGCACCAACAAGAAGCUCCCCGCUUGGGCUCGCCAGAACAAGGGCCUCGCGCAGCGCCAGGCUCGCGACCAGGUCGUCUACGAGGACGACCCGACCACCGGCCGCAAGGACCCGCAGCAGGUCAAGCAGCACCUCGAGAAAAAGGCCGCCAUCUAUGACAAGAUCCGCAAGGGCAAGACGGGCGGCCUGACCGAGGCGCAGAUCGACGCCCUCCUCGUCGACUUUGACCAGCGAGCGCGCUCCGGUUCGCCCUCGGGCUCGUCCUCCUCGACCGCCGACUCGGACGACGCAGACGACGCACCUGUCGCACCGCUCACGCACACGCAAGACCCGCUCGUCGAGUUCACCGACGAGUUCGGCCGCACGCGCCUCAUCCCGCGCUCCGAGGUGCCGCGCGGUGCGCCCUUUCGCGACCCGAACGCGCCCGAGGGCGUCAGCCACGACAUGGCGCACGCCCCCGUCCAGUACGUCGCGAGGGUCGACGACCGCGUCCCCAAGAUGGGCAAGGAGCCGGCACCAGGCGAGGGUCCCGACCCCUCGAACGUCUAUUACGGCGACCAGACGUCGUUCCCGGUGUACGAGCCCGACCCGGCCAUCCUCGCGCAGCGCGCCGCCACCCUCGCCGCCGCCGCCGCCGCGCCCCUCGUCGACCACUACUCGGCGACGGGCGAGAACCGGACGCGCGGCGCCGGGUUCUACGCCUUCAGCACCGACGAGCAGGAGCGCCGGCGCGAGAUGGACGAGCUCGAGAGGGCGAGGGCCGAGACGGAGAGGAAGAGGCGCGAGCGCGAGGUCGAGGGGGACAGGGUCAAGCGCGAGAGGGAGCGCGAGAGGGACGAGAGGAAGAGGCGGAUCGAGGACAAGAGGAGGGAGGUCGAGGAGCGGCGCGCGGCCAAGAGGGCGAAGGCGGCUUGAGGGGGGAGGUGGGUUGUAGCGCCGUGCCCUCGUUGUUGUACCAGCGCGUUUCUCGUCCACCCUCGCGCACCGCUCGCUCAGCCGCCGCUCACGGGCGGGAUCGGGCACACGACCUCGCCGCCCUUGAGAGCGACGCCCUCAUCGUCGUCGUCGACCAUCUCCUCGUCGACGCUCCACGCACACCGCUCG